UGUAUAAUAUAAAAUGUAAAUAUGAAAUACAUAUAAACCUUAUAUACUGUCUCUGUGACAUGUUUUAGAGCUGUAUGGCUUGGGGGACAAAAGAUGUCCAGGAUCAAAGCAUAUUGACACAUGCCAAGACUGAGGAAGAGAAAGGAAACUACGGUGUUACCCAACUCUCCCUAAUAGUGGAGGGUUUUGACCAGGAUUAAUUAAGUGUGAGUAGUCCACUUCCUUUGAGAUCAUAAAGGACCCAUAUGAUGUCAGUGGAAUUCCCAAAAUUUGGGUUUAUAAAACUAAAUCCAAAGACCUUACAAAACAUAGACUCAGGACAUCAACAACUGCCUCUGAAUAAUCACUAGCAGGCACAACAGCCAGAAUGUAUCUGUUCAUUGCUCUGCUAAUCUGGCUGUGCGCUCCCAUCCACCCGGCCCCUGUUCCGGAGUACUCUGGGGAAACUCACAUCUCCAUGGAAGGCGCAGGGUUCAAAAGAGCGCUGGAGCACAGUCAGAGUCUCGUCAACAAAAUCCUGGGCGACAUCCCUGCAGCGCACAAGGCGUCCGUCAACUCCGAGACUUUGACUCUGCAGCCCAACAGUGAGCCAAAAAACCUGGAUUACAUGGUGACAGUUUUAGCAAUCCCAUCUGCCCCAACACUGAAGGCAAUCUCUGCCGACUUUACAGUGGAAAUGUGUCUAGACCGAAUGGCUGAGGGACUUGAGAUGUACCAAGACCUUCUGAAGGCCGUUGGUGACCGAGCAUCCUCUCCAGAAAAGCUGAGAGAUCUGCAGGCUGACGUCAAAGACCUUUCAGCUCAGAUCCAUAAGAUGCAUCAGCUGGCUGGAAUGGAGAGCACAGCGCAGUACAAAGGCUCAGGAUUGGACUCCCGCCUUACUGGGGAUUAUGAGGUCCAAGUUGCCACCCAUCUGACCCUGGCUCAGCUGAGGGACUUUACUCAGGACAUUUUCCGCAGUCUGCGGAACAUGGCCCAGGUCUGAGGUGGGGGUGUCUCCUGAAGAGCUACCUCAGCUCCAUAAAUACUUAUUACCAAACUUGUUUGGAAAUUAGACUUGAAUUAAGAAGAAGAAAAUCAGCUCAACAUGUUUUUUAACCCAUGGAGGAUGUUUUCCUGCUAUAUUUCCUUCAUAUCUUCUAUGUUUUUGAUAUUGUACCGAAUGAUUGAAAAUGUAUAUAUUUGUUUUUACUUAUUUAUCUUUAUUUAUUUUGCAUUUUUAUUUAUUGCAUUUUAUUUAUAUUCAUCUUUGUUAUGCUCACACUAAAUGUAAACACACUAAAUGUCAGUAGGAUAAAAUUGUUCCUAGCAUUCUGUAAAAUGGACAGUAACUGUCCUGUAUUUUCAUUCAGCAGAUGCUUUUUAUUCAAGGUGACUUAGAAAACUUGGCCCUUAAAUGGCCACAUGUUUUAUUGAAACAGCUGAGACAUUUUGAGAAGUCCUCCAGCAGACCACCCUCUGAAACUCCACCAGACAGCCUUCAGUCCAUUUUCACCAUGACAUCAUGCCUCCGGGUUUUUUGUAUUAUGCAAUGUUUUGUUUACCCUCCAUAAUAAUGACACAUACAACUUCUGCUGGAGGAAGGUUACAGUAGUGCCCUAAGGGCAGAAUUCUGACAGUCGGUAGUAUCUACUAAGUCAGCCCACUGGGCUGAUCUGUGAAAUGUUUUCAUUAUGAAAUCAUUUAAUGCAUAUAGUGUUGUGUACAAGAUGUAUUUAAUUAUUUAUAUACAAGUAGUAUUGAUUAUUUUGUCUGUGCCUUCUUUAUAAAUAAAUGACAAAAAGCCCAGAAAUCUUG